UCACCUCGUUUUGCUCGACUAUAAUUCUAUAAAUAAAUAUACUUAUCUUUCCUCCAUCCAAUCCCCUCUCAAGUGUUUGGGGGAUCGAAAACUCUUUCGAUACCGAUCUCCAUCUCCUUCCCCACCGCUCUCCUGCUCCGCCUCUGAUCCGAGAAAUAGGCGAUGGGGGUUUCACUCGAAAUGGCUCGUUUGAUAGUUCCGUGCAAAGGUUCGAGUUUGGUAAAGACACGGUUUCUGGGCAUGUUCUCGUCCUUUAAUUUUCAACUUACAACCCGCAGUUUGUCUUCACAUUUACCAAUAAAGAGUUGCUCAAAGGGAGUUCACUCUAGCAGUCAUUUGAACAUCAGGAAGGCGGAUGCCCAUUUGAGGAGAUCUCUGGUUCUGUCGUCUUCACCUAGGGUAAAACUAGUCAGCAAGAGAUUAAUUUGUUCAGUUGCAACAAAGCCGCAGCCUUCCCAAAUUGAAGAACCUGAAAUGGAUACUCCAAAAGAGAUUUUCUUGAAGGAUUACAAGAUGCCUGACUAUCUGUUUGACACGGUGGAUCUGAGAUUUCAGCUUGGCGAAGACAAAACUAUAGUUUCGUCAAAAAUAGCUGUUUUACCCAGAGUUGAAGGUAUUUCUUGUCCUCUGGUUCUGCAUGGGCGUGACGUAAAGCUAUUGUCAAUCAAACUUGACGGCAAGGAGCUGAAGGGGGAAGAAUAUAAAUUGGACUCACGCUAUCUGACUUUGACAUCACCGCCUAGUUCUGCAUUUACACUGGAGAUUAUUACAGAAAUAUAUCCUCAGAACAAUACAUCCUUGGAGGGUUUAUACAAGACCUCUGGUAAUUUCUGUACCCAAUGUGAGGCAGAAGGAUUCAGGAAAAUCACUUUUUAUCAGGAUCGCCCUGAUGUGAUGGCGAAAUAUACUUGUUGGAUUGAAGCUGACAAAUCACUCUAUCCGGUACUAUUAUCAAAUGGAAAUCUUGUAGAACAAGGUGACCUCGAGAAUGGCAAACAUUAUGUGCUUUGGGAGGAUCCCUUCAAGAAACCCAGCUAUUUGUUUGCAUUAGUUGCUGGUCAAUUGGAAAGCAGAGAAGACUCAUUUGUGACUUGUUCUGGUCGGAAAGUAGCAUUGAGAAUCUGGACCCCUGCACAGGAUGUACCAAAAACUGCCCAUGCUAUGUAUUCUCUGAAGGCAGCAAUGAAGUGGGACGAAGAAGUUUUUGGUCUUGAGUAUGAUCUUGACUUGUUCAACAUUGUUGCUGUUCCUGAUUUUAACAUGGGGGCCAUGGAAAACAAGAGUUUGAACAUAUUUAAUUCUAAGCUUGUCUUAGCAUCGCCUGAAACUGCUUCAGAUGGAGACUAUGCUGCAAUUUUGGGAGUUAUCGGUCAUGAGUAUUUUCACAAUUGGACUGGAAAUCGAGUAACAUGUCGAGAUUGGUUCCAACUAAGUCUCAAAGAAGGUCUGACCGUCUUUAGAGAUCAGGAAUUUUCAUCUGACUUGGGUAGUCGUACAGUUAAACGCAUAGCUGAUGUUUCAAGGCUGCGAAAUUACCAGUUUCCACAGGAUGCUGGCCCGAUGGCACACCCUGUUCGACCACAUUCAUACAUCAAGAUGGACAACUUCUAUACAGUUACGGUUUAUGAGAAGGGUGCCGAAGUUGUUAGAAUGUACAAAACCUUGCUUGGGAGUUCAGGGUUCCGGAAGGGCAUGGAUCUUUAUUUCCAAAGACAUGAUGGACAAGCUGUGACCUGUGAAGACUUCUAUGCUGCUAUGCGGGAUGCAAAUAGUGCAGACUUUUCUAACUUCUUAUUAUGGUAUUCUCAAGCAGGGACACCUAGCGUUAAGGUUACUACUUCCUAUGAUCCUAAUGCGCAGACAUUUACUUUGAAGUUCAGUCAAGAAGUGCCUCCAACUCCUGGACAACCGGUGAAAGAACCAAUGCUCAUACCUGUUGCUGUUGGACUCCUCGAUUCUACUGGAAAAGAUAUGCCCCUCUCUUUUAUUUAUAACAAUGGAAAUCUGCAGGCACUCAAAAACGGCAAUCAGCCAGUCUUUACCACUGUACUUCAAGUUAAAAAGAAGGAAGAAGAGUUUGUUUUCUCUGAUAUACCUGAGCGGCCAAUUCCCUCACUCUUGAGAGGUUUUAGCGCUCCAAUUCGUCUUGAUUCUGAUCUGAUGGACAGUGAUCUAUUUUUCUUACUUGCACAUGAUUCAGAUGAAUUCAACAGAUGGGAGGCUGGUCAAGUAUUAGCACGCAAGUUGAUGCUGAAUCUUGUAGCCGACUAUCAGCAAAACAAGUCACUAGUUCUCAACCCAAAUUUUGUUGAUGGGAUCAGAAGUAUCCUGUGCAACUCAAGCUUGGAUAAAGAAUUUAUUUCAAAGGCCAUUACUUUACCUGGUGAAGGAGAGAUUAUGGACAUGAUGGCAGUUGCAGAUCCUGAUGCUGUUCAUGCCGUUCGUACCUUCAUUAAAAAGCAGCUGGCCCUCCAGCUAAAGGAAGAGUUUCUCGCCACUCUGAAAAACAAUAGAAGCUCAGAACCAUAUGUUUUUGAUCAUCCAAGUAUGGCUCGUCGGGCUUUGAAAAACACCUCUCUUGCCUAUCUGGCAUCAUUGAAUGAGCCGGAGCUCACUGAACUUGCAUUGAAUGAGUACAAGUCUGCAACUAAUAUGACUGAGCAGUUUGCCGCCUUAGCUGCCAUUGCCCAAAAUCCGGGUCAAGUCCGGGAUGAUGUCCUUGCUGAUUUUUAUAACAAGUGGCAGGAUGACUUUUUGGUUGUGAAUAAGUGGUUUGCUCUUCAAGCAAUGUCAGAUAUUCCAGGGAAUGUUGCUAAUGUUCAAAAGCUGUUGUCUCACCCUGCUUUUGAUUUACGCAAUCCGAACAAGGUUUACUCACUAAUAGGCGGAUUCUGCGGAUCACCUGUGAAUUUCCACGCAAAAGAUGGGUCAGGCUACAAGUUCUUGGGUGACGUCGUGUUACAACUUGACAAGAUCAAUCCUCAGGUUGCCUCCCGCAUGGUGUCAGCCUUCUCGAGGUGGAGACGCUAUGAUGAGACCAGGCAAACUCUUGCUAAGGCACAAUUGGAGAUGAUUAUGUCGGCAAAUGGACUCUCAGAGAAUGUCUAUGAGAUUGCCUCGAAAAGUUUGGCUGCAUAAAAGCUAUGCUAAUGCGAGUUACAUGAUCUAAAAGUCGCAGCGGAACUUAUGUUAUAAAAGCUAUGCUAAUGCUGUUCCUGCAAACAUGCUCACGAAAAUAUAACAUUAGUAUCUGCAGAAAUGUGUUAAAAAACAUGAUUAUGACACAACACUAUCAGCAUAACCAAUCAUCCUCUUUCAGUUCAUAAUGCGAUCCCUAUUUUAAAUUGCUAGUGGACGAUCUAUGCUCU